CCUAAGUUAAACCAAAACACAGAGCAAAUCACUCAAAAAUCAUUACCAAGAUUCCUCAAUGGAUUUUCAGUUAGACGAGUUCGAAUACGAGGAUGAUGUUUUCUAUAGUGAACUAAGGAAACAAGUCAUGCAACUCACAGCCGAAGACGAAGACGACAACAUCGAAGAACAUGUUUGCAGAAACAAGAGUUUGAACACGGUGGCAGCCCGGAAAGAAGGCCUUAACGACAGCCGUGGCUAUUAUGACUGGCACGAGAUGGCUGCACCUGCGUUUAUCAUGAAUUUGUGGAGAACCGGAAACGGGACUGGUGUUUUCAUCCCACAAAUUGUGCAGUCAAAGAAAAAGAACAGAUCAAGGAGGAAGAGGAACGAAAGAGGACGAACAUACAAGCGCGUGGAGCAAAACUGAUGAUCGGAAAAUAUUUGUUUGAUUCUUUUAUUUAAGGAUAUGUAAAUAGAAUCAAAGUCUCUCAUGUGUUGGGAAAUAUAUACCAAAAUCUUCUCUAAAUAAAUGAUUGUUUGAGAUCA